AUGAAAGCAGUUGGGGGUGAACAGAGUGAAUUCCAGCAGGGAAUCCAGGAGAGAGAGGAGGGGCUACAGGAUCUGAGACAGGCUGUGCAGUCACUCAAGAGCUCUGCACAGGCAGCAGUGGAGGACAGCAAGAGACUCUUUGCUGAGUUGAUCCACUCUAUUGAAAGAAGGCGCUCUGAGGUGAUAGCUCUGAUCAGAGAUCAGGAGAAAGCUGCAGUGAGUCGGGCUGAAGGACUCCUGGAGCAACUGGAGCAGGAGAUUGCUGAGUUUAGGAGGAUAUACACUGAGGUGGAGCAGCUUUCACACACAGAGGAUCAGAUCUAUUUCCUACAGAACUGCCCGUCUCUUUGUGCCCAUCCUGGACCUGGAGACAUACCCACUAUCAUUCCUCAAGUUUCCUUUGAAGCUGCAGUCAAAUCUGUUUCUGAACUGAAAAAGCAACUGAAGGACGUCUGCAAAAGGGGAUUUCUUAAGAUCACUGAAUCAGUGAAAGAGGCUGAUGUUAUACAAAUUCCAAAACCGACAGUUAGAGAUGAGUUCUUACAAUAUUACUGUCAUCUCACACUGGACCCCAACACAGCCUAUUCACAACUGUCCCUGUCCAAGGGGAACAAAGAGGUGACCCGUGUCAAAGAGAGCCAGUCAUAUCCUGAUCACCCAGCCAGAUUUGACUACUGGGAGCAAGUGCUGUGCAGAGAGGGUCUGUCUGGACGCCAUUACUGGGAGGUUGAGUGGAGUGGGAAAGGGGAUGUUUAUAUAGCAGUGUCAUAUGAAGGGAUAAUGAGGAAAGGGUGGGGUCACAAUACUCUCCUUGGAUAUAAUGACAAGUCCUGGAGCCUGUGGUGCACUCCUUCCAAAUGUUAUUUUUAUCACAACAAAAUAUAUAUAACACUCCCUGUGGCUCCCUCCUCCAGAAUAGGAGUGUACCUGGAUCACAGGGCAGGAACUCUGUCCUUCUACAGUGUCUCUGACACAAUGGCCCUGCUGCACAGAGUCCAGACCACAUUCACUCAGCCCCUCUAUCCUGGGUUCUAUGCUAACACUGCAGGGUCUACCAUUAAACUGUGCACAGUGGGAUCGCACUGAGAUGACAUUCAUCUUUAACAUUAAUGACAGGCACACUGCAACCUCUAAAGUGGACACGCAAGAGCAAUUGAAGGCAAAUCUGAAUGCCAUGCAUGCAAUCACAUUCUUGACUUUUCUGAGCUUCCCCAAAAGUUUGGGGAAGGCCCUUUCACAUUUCAGCAUGACAAUGCUCCCGGGCACACAGCAAGGUCCAUAUAGAAAUGGACCUUUACAGAGCCCUGACCUCAACCCCAUCCAACACCUUUGGGUUCAAUUGCAAAGCCAAUUGCGAGCCAGGCCUAAUGGCCUAAUCAGUGCCUGACCUCACUGAUGUUCUUCUGGCUGAACAGAAGAAAAUUCCUGCAGCAAUAUUAAUGCCCAUAAUUUGGAUGAGAUGUUAGAUCUCAGGUGUCCUCAUACUUCUGGCCAUGUAGUGUAUGUGUAAGGGAUCAAUUAUGUGCAAUGUGUGGGGUUUGCAGAGCACUUUUUUAUUUUCUUCCGAGCAUUACGUACUUCAUACCUCUCUGCAAAUGUGAUUUCACUGUUCAUUUUGGGAAGCAUCUACACUUGAUUUCCAUAUGAUUUAUAAAAUGUAUACAUGCUCUUAAACAUAUGAUAGAGUAACGGUUAUAGUACUGAUGGUCUUUUCUGUAACCUGCCUUCCAAAUGGGAAGAUAUAAAUGCUGGUGCUGAAAGUUAGGGACUCAGUGGAAUCCUCUUCACUUCAAGAGCAAUCAGAGCGAGAAUUUAUUUCUAAUUAUAUUAUGUUUAUUCUAUCAUAAUUUACUUUUAAAUAUUAUGUUAACCUAUUCAAUUUAACGUUUUUAACUCAAUUGAUGAGAAAUGUCUGUUGAUUACAAAAGUGAUUACAUGACCCUAUUUCCCAGUGAGAAUAAGUGAUAUGAUUUUUAUGUUUAUAGAAUUAGCUAUGUUACCGCUCAAUGUAUGGGAGAAAAUAAAUAUAUAAUCUUAAAAGAAAGAAAGACAAGACAUUAAAAAUACUGGUUUAUUUUUUGUUUAUAUGAAUCACUACAUCAUCUGCAUGUAAAACUUUUUUUGUUUGAAUGAACUGGGCAACAAUUGACUGGGUGCUGAUUACUUUAUUAUUGAAGAGUUCAAUAAAUCAAUAAAUAAUGCAAAUGCUUUAUUAUGAA